AUGUUGCACAAGUUUGAAGUCGAUCCUCCUCCUCAAAUGGAUCGAAACUUAUUACUUGAUAAACUGAGAAACUACUUGCAAGGAAAAAGGUACGUUGUAGUGUUUGAUGAUGUAUGGGAGUCAAAUUUUUGGUAUGAUAUUGAAUUUGCUAUGAUUGAUAACAAAAAUGGUUGUAAGAUAUUAAUCACAACAAGAAACAAGGAUGGUGUAGAUGCUUGUAAGAAAUCUUCUUUUGUUGAAGUGCAUGAACUUAAAGGUUUAACCGAAGAAAAAUCUUUAGAAUUGUUCAAUAAGAAAGUGUUCCAUGACUUGAGCGGAUAUUGUCCAGAAAAUCUUAUAGAUAUAUCUUCCAAAAUUGUUGAAAAAUGCAAUGGAUUACCACUCGCAAUUGUAGUCAUUGGUGGUAUUUUAGCUUGCAAAGAUAGGAAUCCAAUUGAAUGGUCUAAGUUUAGUGAAAAUAUAAAUGCAGAUCAGGCAAAUGAAAAUCCUGUGAUAAGAAAAACUUUAGGACUUAGUUACCAUGAUUUGCCUUGCAACCUCAAGUCAUGUUUCUUGUAUUUUGGAUUAUAUCCUAAAGACUAUAUAGUUUAUUCAAAGACAUUAACUUGUCAAUGGAUUGCUGAAGGGUUUGUGAAAGAAAAAACGGGAAGGACAUUGAAAGAGGUUGCAGAAGGAUAUUUAAUAGAGUUGAUCCAUAGAAGUUUGGUGCAAGUAGAUUCAAUAAGUAUUGAUGGAAGAGUAAGAAGUUGUCGUGUUCAUGAUCUAGUGCAUGAAAUGAUCCUUAAAAAAUAUGAGGAUUUAAGCUUUUGUAAGUAUAUCACCGAGAACAAUCAAUUGUAUUUAACUGGAAUGAUUCAACGCCUAUCAAUAGCACCCAAUUCAGGUAUUCUAAUGGAAGGUAUUGAAAACCCACAUGUUCGAUCAGUGCUUGUUCUCACAAAUAAAACAUCACUUGAAUCCUUUGUGAGGAGAAUCCCAACAACAUAUAGGCGGUUGAAGGUGCUUGCUUUGGCACAUGAGGUGUUUCUUGAAAUUCCUAAUGAUUUGGGAAGUUUAAACCACUUGAAAUAUUUUGGGAGCUUGCGAGGCUUCAAUAUGCGUUUGAUUGAAUUGAAGGAUGGUAUUGGAGGCAUGACAUCCCUACAAACUCUAAGGGAGGUUUAUUUAGACGAUGAUGAAGAUGAAGAUGACAAUAGAGCUAGGAAAGCUAAAUCAGCUAAGGGAAUUGGGCUUGGCCGGUGUUUGGAGUAA